AUGGGGCCGUCGCCGCCGCUGCUGCCGCUGUUGCUGCCGCUGCUGCUGCUGCCGCCGCGCGCCCUGCCUGCCGCCCCCGCGCCCGCCCCGCGCGGCCGGCAGCUCCCGGGGCGCCUCGGCUGCUUAUUCCAGGACGGCCUCUGCGCAUCAUCCGAGGCCUGCGUGGACGACGGAGUGUUUGGAAGGUGCCAGAAGGUUCCAGCAACAGACACAUACCGCUAUGACGUGUCACCGGUGGUUGUGCAGCACCUGCAAGGCACCUUGCAGAAGCUCUCCCGCACAGGUUUCACCUGGCAGGAUGACUCCACCCAGCGCGUGAUGGCCCAGGAGCUCGCAAAGCUGCCCAGAGCCUAUGCCCAGCGUCCUGAAGCUUCCACCCCAGCCCGGACCUCAAAGCAGAAUGUUGAUCGUGGCAGGAGGCACAGCCUGGAGGACGACGUUGCCCUGGCCAAGACACUGCGGCGCCUCCUGCCCUACCUAGGGGCUGCGUCCCCGGCCUCUGCCCCGAGCGUGCACCCCAGGACAAAGCACGACAGAGCACCAGCCAAGGGUGAGGACCCCUUCCCUGAGAGCGUCCUGACCUAUGCGGCGCUGACCUACCCUCCUGCAGCCUGGGCCGUGCAUCCCGAGGACCUGCCGUGGUGGACCCCCAGCCGGCUGCAGCCCGACGAGCUCAGCCCCAAGGUGGACAGUGGCACGGACCGACAGCAGCUGAUCGCGGCCCUCAGCGCCCACACAGCUCGGCUGCCCCCUGCACCCCCCGGGGAGGGCAGCCUGGGGCCGCGGCACCUUCCACACACACCUGGGAGAGGGUCCAGGCCCCUCUCAGUAUCGGCAGUCCCUCAGAAGUGGUCUUCACCUCCAGGAGACCCUGAAGAUGCCCCCAGCACGGGCGGUGGUGCACGGCUUUAUAGUCUCCUGAGGGACCUGUGGAAGCACCAGGCUGGCGUGGACAGGCUGAGCCCCCUGGACCUUGAUGAGAUGGCCAGUGCAAUUGCUGAUGUGGUGCAAGGCGUGGACCCUGAGGGUGGCCAGGACAGCCCUGGGAGAGGAGCCGGAGGGGACCCUGGAGAGCAGGCAGACAGCCUGCAAGCAGCCCGCCCCGGAGACGGUGUGCCAGAUGAUGGGGUGCGAGAAGAGGACGACAGAGUCCACGACCAGGUCAAUCGUUUGAGCAUCAGACUUGGGGACCUCUUGCAGGAUCAUAGGUCACAACUCCCGCCUGGAGCUCCCCCUCUUGCAAAAUCCUUCAAAAUGGAGAUCAAGAAAGCAGAGGACCCCGAGACUUCCUUGCCUUCGGAAGAGGAGGGUGCCGGGGUGGAAAAUGUGAAGAGUCGCUCAUACUCCAAAGACUCGUUGGAGAGGAAGCCGGAUUCGGAGCCCAGAGUCAGUGGGUUUGGGGAGUCCCAGAACUGGAUUCAAGAGGCUCUAAGGGAAGAGCAGAGCCGUCAAGCAGGAGCUGGGGAACCCGCCGGCGAAGGCCUGCAGUUGGAAGUCAAGGCUUCCGAGGAAGAGGAGUUCGGCUAUAUUGUGACGGAGCACGACCCCCUGAGCAUCGAGGCGGCACGGCGGCUGACGGAGGACGUGGCUCGCCUGACACGGAUGCCAGCCAGCGCCUUCGUGGAAGUCGGUGUUCUGGGACCAGCAGUGACCUUCAAAGUGAGCGCCAAUGUCCAAAACGUGACCACGGCAGAUGUUGCGAAGGCCGCAGUUGACAACAAAGACGCGCUGGAAAAAGCCUCUGGACUGAAGAUCCUCGGAGCCGGGACUGGGUCGAAAAGCACACUCGGGCUUCUGCCUCGUCGGGCGGAGCAGGAGGACUCCACCAAGUUCGUAGUGCUCACCCUGCUCUCCGUCGCCUGCAUCGUGGGGGUCCUCCUGGCUUCUGGCCUCAUCUACUGCCUCCGCCACAGCUCACACUACAGGCUCAAGGACAAGCUGUCGGGCCUCGGAGCUGACCCCGGGGCAGAUGCCACCGCGGCCUACCAGGAGCUGUGCCGUCAGCGCAUGGCCACACGACCACCAGACCGCCCCGAGGGCCCACAUGCGUCCCGCAUCAACAGCGUCUCAUCCCAGUUCAGUGACGGCCCGAUGCCCAGCCCUUCCGCACGGAGCAGCACCUCGUCCUGGUCCGAGGAGCCCGUCCAGUCCAACAUGGACAUCUCCACCGGCCACAUGAUCCUGUCCUACAUGGAGGACCACCUCAAGAACAGGAACCGGCUGCAGAGCGAGUGGGAGGCGCUGUGUGCCUACCAGGCGGAGCCCAGCAGCUCGCUCGUGGCCCAGACGGAGGAGAACAUGCCCAAGAACCGCUGCCCGGCCGUGCUGACCUAUGACCACUCCAGGAUCCUGCUGAAAUCAGAGAACAGCCACAGCAACUCGGACUACAUCAACGCCAGCCCCAUCAUGGAUCACGACCCCAGGAACCCCGCGUAUAUUGCCACUCAAGGACCCCUUCCUGCGACCGUGGCUGACUUCUGGCAGAUGGUGUGGGAGAGCGGCUGCGUGGUCAUUGUCAUGCUCACACCCCUCACGGAGAACGGCGUCCGGCAGUGCUACCACUACUGGCCUGACGAAGGCUCCAACCUGUACCACGUCUACGAGGUAAAUCUGGUCUCUGAGCACAUCUGGUGUGAGGACUUCCUGGUGAGGAGCUUUUACCUGAAGAACCUGCAAACCAGCCAGACACGCACCGUGACCCAGUUCCACUUCCUGAGCUGGUAUGACCAGGGAGUCCCCUCCUCGGCGAGAUCACUCCUGGAUUUCCGCAGAAAAGUUAACAAGUGCUACAGGGGCCGCUCUUGUCCGAUAAUCGUUCACUGCAGCGACGGCGCAGGCAGGAGCGGCACCUACGUCCUGAUUGACAUGGUCCUCAACAAGAUGGCCAAAGGUGCUAAAGAGAUUGAUAUCGCGGCGACCCUGGAGCACUUGAGGGACCAGAGACCAGGCAUGGUCCAGACAAAGGAGCAGUUUGAGUUCGCGCUGACAGCGGUGGCCGAGGAGGUCAACGCCAUCCUCAAGGCCCUUCCCCAGUGA